AUGUGCCUUUUAUGCAACAAAGUUUUGAGCAAUGACGCUAUGAAACCAUCUAAACUGCAAGAUCAUCUGAGAAGAUGCCACCCUGACAAAACAGAGAAAGAUUUGAAACACUCAAAGAUAAAUUUCAGAAGAGACCUACACUGGACAGAAUGUUCGCUUCGACGUCACAAAAAAAUGAUGAUGGUUUGCGAGAUUUUAAAAACUGUUUUACACAAACCUGCAUCUGAUAUCAUUAAAAGAAUUCCCUUAAGCAACAAUACUGUUGAAAGACGUAUUGAUGAAAUGAGUUCUGAUAUUGAAAGCUUCUUAUGUAAUUAUUUGCAAACGACCCAUUUCUCUAUACAACUGGACGAGUCAACUUUGCCUGAUAAUGCAGCAUUAUUAUUGGCAUAUGUUCGUUUUAUUAUGAAUCAAGAAAUCUACGAAGAACUGCUCUUCGCAAGAACUUUGAUAACCGACACUAAAGGUGAAUCAAUAUUUUAUGUUUUGAAGGAUUACUUCAUUGAAAAAGCAAUUCCUUUAUCAAAUAUAAUAUCAGUAGCUAUAGAUGGAGCACCUGCCAUGGUUGGACGUUAUCGUGGAUUUAUAAGCUAUUUAAAACAAAAUGUGUCAGGGGUGUUAGCAAUACAUUGCAUCAUCCAUCGACAACAUUUAGUUGCUAAAAAUUUGAGUGUUAGAUUGCAUGAAUCACUUCAUUUAGUAAUUGAUGCAGUAAACCAAAUCCGAAGCAACGCGUUGAAUACGCGGUUAUUUGCCCAGUUGUGUGAAGAAAAUGAUGAACACUUUCAUCAAUUACUCCUCACACUGAAGUACGCUGGCUGUCGAAAGGCUUAUUCUAUUUUAGAAUUUCUGGAUACUAAAGAUAAAAUUUUAAAAGAAAAUUUAAUGAAGAGGAAAACAGACAUCGCCUAUUUAACAGAUUUGUUUACAAAAUUUAAUAUGGUUAAUUUGCAAUUACAAGGCGACAGUUUAAAUUUGAUUAAAACAAAGUCCAUCUUAUCAGCGUUUCUUGCCAGAGUUAAACUAAUGAAGCAAAAUAUUGGACGGGGCGAAUUUUUUCAGUUCGCCAAUUUGUCACAGACAAGCUGCCAGGUCUUUUUGUUUAAGAGCUUCAAAAAUCAGAAUCUGUUUAGGAUAGUGUUGGAUCAAUAUGUUACCGGGUUACAGCGAGAUGAUACAGCUUAUGACUAUGAUGUUUCUGAUGAGGUUGUAGCUACCUCAGAAUGUUACAAAGCUAAUGAAUUUGAAUAA